GUGCUGGAGGGAUAAAACUCUAACCUUGCCGUGACCAGGUUCAUUUGCCAGGUAACGGUUGGGGGAAAUGAGCACUGGGUUGUAAAAAUAAGCAGAACCAGCACCUACGUGAAGGUAAAUAGCUUGAGGGUCUAUUGCAACAUGAUGAUACGCUGGAUUGCAAACUUUGUAAACUGAGAUUGUGCUGGAUGAAUCUGAGCACCAGAAGGUCUUGUAGCUACGAAACAACAACAGUGCAUAUAAGUAAUAUGUACACAUUUUGAGACUUAAAGCAAAUUCCCUUAUAACCUAAAUUUAUCAGGCUGCUUAGGCAAGGAGUAAGAUGGCAAGAGGCUUUCAAACUAAAGCGAAAUGUUUAGCUUUAGAUCAAGAAACAGAGCGUGCAUGCUGGUGUUUGGGGGUAAGAGGCAAUGAGAGUGAUGACACUGCUGAGUGCGUGUAUAAGUAUCCUUUUAAGAAGUGCAGAGGGUUGUGGGAUGCAUUCAGUGCAGCUGCUGUGGAUUACGCUGGUGACGGUCUCCAGCACUGUAUCCUCUAGACAAUUAUUUCCAAGCUUGAGGGCUGAAUUUGCUCUCAGGGUCAUCCACAUCUUCAGCAUAUUUAUGCAGUCUUUGAGGCCUGUACAUUAAAAACCAGUAUGAGGCAGCAGCUACGGGCAUGGCUUCCCAUGUGUAGCUUGUGCAGACUGCCCCAUUCUUUCACGACCUCCGAAUCAAAGACCCUUACUUUGUUCAACAGCUUCUGGCUGGCCUGUUGUCUUGCUCCCUCUGUUCCCCAAGAACACACAAACCAGCUGCUUAAACCAAGGCAGUGUGGAACCAAGACAAGUAGGAAGAACCAAAAAUGGGUAUUUCUGGAGAAAGGAAAGAAGGGUACAACAUGUGGUGUUGCAUUAGAGGAGUGGACAGAGCACUGGGACAUUUUUGGACAAAAUGUGCCUUGCUAUGCUAGCUGCAAGGAUGAGCCCUGAGACAGACGUGAGGAAAGUCUGUACAGACAGUGGCACAGAGCAAGAAACUGGUAGGCUGUGUGAAGAAGUUGCAGGAAGUAUGACACACAUAACAGAGGAAGAAGUAUAAAGUUAGAGAGUUGGUCUCAGCAUCAGAUGAUAUAACAGAAGGGACACUAUUGUAGUUAAGAGUGGAUUAUUUACGGAUGUAAAUGUCCGAGUAAGUCAGACAUGCUUACUCAUGUCAAACAUAUAAAUACAUUUAUAGAUCUCUAGUGCAGCUCUGAUGCAGGUUGGCAAUUUCCAAGAGCUGCCCCAGAAACACUAGACUGGCUGGGACCUCAUCAAACCCUGCUAUCCUGAAUAAUCACACCAUAAACUACCAAACAUGUUUUUCCAGUGCACUUGGUCACCUUCAUUGUUAUGAGGCAUCUUUGCAUCUCUGCAGGAAUCACUAUCCGGCCAGUCUCAGAUGUAGCUCUGUUCCUUUGCAGCACUGUGUUGUACUUUUAGCAGCUCUUCCCAGCCUAUUCGCACGUGCAGGUGGUUCUUUGUAAACUCUUUGGGAGACCAGUACAAACCAGCAUGCCUACUUCCAGCACCUUUUUUUUUUUUUUUUGGCUACAACAUAGAAUCAUAGAAUCUUUUAGGUUUGAAAAGGCCUUUACAAUCAUCAAGUCUAACUGUUAACCCAGCACUACCAAGCCUACCACUAAACCGUGUCCCCAAGUGCCACAUCUACAUGCCUUUUAAAUACCCCCAGGGAUGGUGACUCCACCGCUUCCCUGAGCAGCCUGUUCCAAUGGCUGACAACCCUUUCGGUGAAGAAAUUUUUCCUAAUAUCCAGUCUAAACCUCCCCUGGCACAACCUGAGGCUGUUCCUCUCACCCUAUCGCUUGUUACUGGGGAGAAGAGACCGAGACCCACCUCGCUACAACCUCCUUUCAGGGAGCUGUAGAGAGCGAUAAGGUCUCCCCUGAGCCUCCUUUUCUCCAAGCUAAACAACCCCAGUUCCCUCAGCUGCUCCUCAUAAGACUUGUGCUCUACACCCUUCAUCAUAGGAUGCAGGCUUCUGUGGCUGCUUCUGAAGCCAUAGACCAGAAACGCGUGUGCAGUUUCAUGGGAGAGCUUACCAGAGCCUUGGAAAGUGAUACCAUUACUUCCAUCUCUCUGCUGGAAAUACUCCAAAUGACAUGCCUGCCACCUUCAUUUAGCAGUCAUGUGGCCACCAAUAUGAAAUGAGUUUGCUGGGGCUCAGCUCAGUUUCUCCAAAAGACCAGAGACCCUGGCACUUUAUUUAGCUGCGCCAAGCUCUGCAAACAAGUGGCAAAUUAAAAAGGCCUGAACCACUCCUUAUUCACAAGCCGGUCGCAUCCAGUAGGUUUCUCUUCCUAUGGCUGCAGCAGGGAAGCUGAUGUGUUCUUUGAAAUUUUCAGACUUGACAUGUUUCGCUUGAAAUGACAGAGAGAAAACAAAAAUGGUUCAUUCAGCUCAAGAUUCCCCUAACUAUUUACUAUUCAUUCAGUAAGUUACACUGGGUCAAACAGUGGAAGAGUAAUAGUAUAACACAAUUGAGUGGAAGAGAGACACUUUCAGGGAGGCAGUUGCUUCUGAUCAAAGAGAAUUCAAAUUUGUGCUCACUGGAGCAAGAAUGAACAAAACCUGCAAUCAGUAAGCCUCACACAGAAUUUUUGGAUACUGUAAGGUACCAUUUUCUUAAACACUAAUUACAGGAAAGAAAAAGAAGGCACAUUUAUGAAUGGUUAGACCUGCAGGUUUAUCCACCUGUUAAGAAGCAGAUAAGCACACAAGUUAAGAAGCCGGGGUCUAUUUGUACUUGCCUGGAAGGCUCUGGGUAAAUAAAUUCAAAAAAGAAAAAACAGCAACCCAUCCACAGCCUGCCAGUUUGCUAAUGCUGCAGUCCUAAACUGCUAUUGAACUGAUGAGGAACUACUGCAUCAGUAUGGCACUGAUCGGCUCUAAAUCAGUGCCCCCAUCCCUUGAUUUUAUGUCCUUUCUGCUAGGUACCAAAUAAAGAUGUCUUUUUUUCUCAUUUAAAGCACCUCACCGCUUCACUCAACACAGUGCUCUUGUCUUCCUGACUUCACGGACGGGAACGCUUCAUGCAGAGGCUCUUCUAAAUCUUCUUUCCCCUGAAAAUAGCCCACAGGAUUAUGUCCUUACGCUCCUUUCACCCUCGUGAUGCUGACUGAGCUACCUGCAGAGUCUUAAUGAGAGCCGCCCUCUCCCUUUUGGCUUUCCAAAAAUUCACCCCCUGCGAAGCCUGCUCUGGUGGACAGGCACCAUAGCUGAGCUGAGAGGACUCCAGUACCACGGCUUCAGGCCAUCACAUGAUGCUCUCUUUCAGGCUGUCUAGACUAAAUUGUUGCUGUGAGUGGGCAAUGCUGAUGCCUGAAUUUUCAGCCCACGAGAGAAAUGCCUGUCCCUGGCGAAUUGCUCAAUAUGCAGGACAAAAAAGAUGCCAAGUUCCUGUGCUCAUUCCUUCCGGCAGAGCAAGGAGGGGGGGGAAAGCAAGCUGCUCUUGGGCAAGAGCUCUUUUUACUUUUCUCCAGACUCCUCUCUUGUCCCUUUCUCUGCUCAACUGACAUGGAGAAGCUCAUGCACCUCAUCUUCAUGGUCUUCUUGUCAGCAUCAUGUGCUGUAGAGAACGUCACUGUGGUGUACGGAAUGGAGGGGGGCACCAUUUCUGUCAACUGCACCUAUAACCCCUGGCAGCAACGGUGGAGAGAAAAGAGCUGGUGCAAGAUGAUCGAUGAGACCGAGUGCCAACAUGUGGUGAGUGCCCGACGCUUCUGGCUGCCAUUCCUAAAGAACAGGAAUGGCAACACCUCCAUCAGUGACAAUGUCCGUGAAGGGGUCCUGACGGUGACCAUGAAGCGACUCAAGAAGCAGGAUGCUGGGUUGUACCAGUGCAAAACUGAGUACCUGGGGGAAACAAACAGCUUAAGGAAGGUCCAAGUGGAAGUGUUGACAGCUGUCCCGGAGACCCAAAUGCCAGAGGAGCCUCGUGCUGUGCAGAGCAUCUCUGGCGUCCCUCCUGAAGCUGAUUUCACUGUCCUCUAUAUCAUUGUGGGAUUCCUGGUUACUAAGUUCAUGGUGGCCGUGCUGAUCUUUAUCAUUGGCAACAGUAGGAAGAACGGAGAAACCGAGCAGAAGAACCCACGCUUGAAUGAGCAGCAGGUCCUCCCUUUCACCGGUCACUUUGCACAUGAUGGAAUCAGCCCCUCCUGGGAGAGCACUGCUUAGAGCCAAACCAAAGGGAAUCCACAGAGAAAUGAACAUCAAGCAUUUGUGGGCAAAGCUUUGCCAGCUGCCAUAAGAAAAGGAUCACCUAUUAAACACAGGUAUCGAUUAACCUGUCACUCCAGAGAAGGAAUGUUACCAUCUACAGCUUCUUCUCAUUGGCACUGACCGACUUUUUCCAACACAACUGAACUGAAAAGAUGCUGCCAGUAACACCUGAACCUAAUGGAAGAGGAUGGGAUCGAUGGCCAGAGGGAAAGGAGGAAUAUGAAGUCUUUCUGUCAAGAGAUCCAGCACAAACUUAUCUCUGUGCAGAGAUGCUUCCCUAGGCAUGGUACAGGUGAGAGCUCUGCUCAGUUUCCCCCUAGCUCGUUGCUAGGCCACAAAAAACUUUGCUGCUCUAUACAGCUACUGGCAAAUGCCUUGUUAUAAAAAAAAACUACCGAUAAAAUGGUGGACAUAAAUAGAAGUUCAGGUAACACAUUUCAACAACCAUGUGUUGAGCAACUUACAAACACAUCCGCAUAAUGUAAAAAAGACAGGGUUCUGUCUCAAAUCUCCAAGAAACUUCUGAUUCAUUGAAGAUCAGUGUUAAAGAACUAAUAGCUUUUUCCAAGGUGUCCUACACAUCGCUACAAAACACUCAAAUGCUUCCCUCAAAAGCAUGAGAUCAGAACUAGACGGUUUGUAUUGAAAGCUAAUAUUAUUGGUCUAGAAAUCAGCUUUUUAACUGAGAUUCUGCUGUCAAAAGUCUGAAGUUUCUGACAGGUUUUUGGCAAUGCAGUGCUCUGCUAUCGUCUCCGGACACUGCCAGUAGCUGCAUCAUAUCACCAGGCAGAGUUAUUCCAGAUACUCAUCCCCGUAUCGUUCCACCAGGCUCUGAACUGAGACACAUCAACUUCGUGUCAUCUCAGAGCAGUGCCAGGUGAGAGAUUCUGUCUUUCCAAUGUAAUGAAGACUAGCUCCUAAAAACUGCCUUGGACAGGGCGGAUCUUCAGUGAACAGCCACUGUGGGAAGGCAUAAGGAAUUGCAGAACAUAACAGAAAGGGAUGUGAAGUCUACAUGCAGCUGUGAGCCUGCUUCCUCAUAUCUCAAAUGACUUUGCAACAAAGAACGAAUGUUUUCUCUGUAUUUCUCCCUGUAUUUUUUUCCACUCUCUCCAGGGGAUGUUACCAACAUGUGAUCAUUGCUCAGCACUCCCCGAAGUAAAAAGCUGCUUUUAGCUCUCCCAGGAAGACCCCAAAUCCAAGGGCAUUGACACUUCUUUCCCCAGCACCGCCUGCAAAGCUAAAUAAAAUCAAACUGGUUAUCUGA